AUGUGUCCUUACAACGAAAUAAGCUUGACAAUGAUAAUGCUAUUAAUGGAGCAACUAGCUUCUAGGGAUGCCAUCGCUCAAGGAGGUGCGCACGGAGGUUGUGCUGACGACAAUACAAACCGAGAACCGCCGCUGGUGAAGCGAGGACUCGAUGCCCCCGAUCUUCCUACACUUGCAUAUCAGUCGUCCCAUCCCAUCAUAGGAAAGGGACUUGGCGAAGGGAAGCAAACAGAUAAUAUUCCUCAUUUCAGAUCAGGCUUCUCGCCAGCAUGGGACGAUUGGACUGUUGUUUGCUUCCUCGUGCAUAUUGAAGCGAUCUGGAUGAGGAUCUUCAGAUCCCAGCGGUUUUGGUUCAUGUACGGGACUUUGUACAUAUGUCCCGCGUCUAGCUAUCAGCAACCGCGAGAUCACUACGAGUACUGCCAGGCUAUCAGAGGUAGCAACCAGGUUAUCGGUACUGUUGGCCAUAAAGCAACACAAGAAGCUUCAAUAGACAAUCAAACCACUUCGUGUUCUGAUUCACGAGGUGUGCAGCUGUGUGGUUCCGGACACCAGGCGCUCAAUAAGGAAAUAUGUCUGUCAAGAGUCGCCUUCAUAACGAUGGAAAGGGAAACGAUUUUCUCCAUCCCGACCGGAAAAACGACCAGGGGCUCUCGUAAAGCAAACGAAGCCGCGCUCCUCCUUUCCUCGCCAUUAUUAUUGCGCCUCCUUGCUAGCUGCUCGAACUUUGUACUCGAGAAGAAAGAAAUCGCCAGCCGAGCCUCCUUUCUAGUGCACUGCUCCCUGUAUCGGGCGGUGUCAUUCCCAUUGUUUAACCUGGCAGCGAUCAAACAACCGUCUGGAGCAAAUAAUUAUAAAAAGAAAGGUGAAAAAGAUGGAGGAAAACCCCUCCCCCCACCAGAAACGCCUGUCAAAGAAAAUCGACUCUGGUCAAGUCGUCCCUCCUGGCCCAGCAGAUCCAGUCUCACGGGCCGAUCGGUGUAUUAUGGGGAUAGAGAGCACUUCCAGCCCACAUUGCUUGCUGAGGUCUAA